GAGAAGAUGGCUUGAGACUGAUUGGAAAACUACCAAAUCCACAGAAAACGGAACGUUUCCGAGGAACUGUUUUUAUCUGUAGUUUUAGUUAAGGCUUGAGGGGAUGGCCUCUUUCCCAGAAUUCCAGAAUGACUCGUCUAUCCACGAUGACCCUGGUGCAAGGGUGCCCCUGCCCUGGGCAGGAUUCAUCACUCUGUCUCUCCUCAUGGCCGUGUUCUCCAUCACAGCUGUCGUGUUGAACACUACAGUGAUAGUCGUUACCCUUCGGCACAAACAGCUGCGGCAGCCGCUGAAUUUUGCCCUGGUCAACCUUGCCGUUGCCGACUUGGGCAUCACGUUAACAGGAAGUGUGCCAUCUGUGGUGACCAAUGCAGUGGGCUACUACAUUACAGGACGGGUCGGAUGUGUACUGGAGGGAUUUUGUGUUGCAUUAUUUGGUAUAACAGCGCUGUGCACAGUGGCUCUGAUUGCUGUGGAACGGCUGUUCGUAGUGUGCAAGCCUCUGGGUACCAUCACAUUCCAGACCAAGCACGCCGCUGGAGGACUGGCGUUCUCCUGGCUCUGGUCUCUGAUCUGGAAUACGCCGCCUCUCUUUGGCUGGGGGAGCUACCAGCUGGAGGGAGUCGGCACAUCCUGCGGACCCGACUGGCAGAGUCGAGAUCUCAGAAAUGUGUCUUACAUCAUCUGUUACUUCUCACUCUGUUUUGCUGUGCCAUUCGUCAUCAUUGUGGUGUCAUAUUCAUGGCUGCUCUACACGCUAAGACAAGUAGCUAAGGUCGGUGGCUGUGUAGCUGCGAGGGCGGAGUCUAAGGUGGCGUGGAUGGUGGUGAUGAUGGUGUUGGCGUUCCUCGUCAGCUGGCUGCCGUAUGCUGCUCUGGCUCUAAUGGUCGUCUUCAACCCUGAUGUCCAGUUACCUGUGCUGGUGAAGGUGGUACCCAUAUACAUGGCCAAGAGCAGCACUGUUUACAACCCCCUGAUCUACAUAUACAUGAACAAACAGUUCCAGAAGUUUGCAGUACUACUUCUGAUGUGUGGAAGGGACCCUUGGCCUUCAGAGGACGAUGCUUCUGAAGCUCAGACUGUUGUGUCACCAAUGAAUAACAAAAUCAGCCCAGACUGACUUCAUAUUUCACUACGGUCAUGUUAGAGCAUCAUAAAUCUGCUUUUCUGCUAAAAGUGAGAUGGUCUGAUGGAUAUGCUGAUGCUAUGUCUUUCAUGUAUGUGUUUCCUAUUGAAGUUGAGUUGAUAUGUGGCUUGUCGUUUUUUUAAGGCUAAUAGCAUUUCAUUCACAUCACAUCUGGGAUUCACUACUUGCUAAAGCUAUUCAGAACCACUUGGUGUUUGGGAGAGGAAGAUUUUCAUUCUAGACACCAUGUGAUGAGAAAAAUGUUUAUAUUGUACCUUCCUGAAUGAAAGAUGUAUUUUUUUAUUUAUUUUUUUUGGUCAUUGUUUUUUCCCAGACAAAUUUUCCCAGCUCUUAGUUUUGUCAAAUUUUAAGUUGUAUACCAACUUCAUACUGUACUAUACUUCUAGUGCAUUAAAUUGAUCAAAAGUGACAGUAGAGACACCAAAUUUGGUGUUUCUUCAGCAAAUCUGCAUAGUAGAAUUAAUUCUGAAGAGUCAGACAAAUGAAUGCUGAAAAUUUAGCUCUGCAUCCCAGGAAUAAAUUACAUUUCACAAUAUAUUUAAACAGAAAGCAGUUAUUUCAAAUUGUAAUAAUAUUUCACAACAUUGAAGGUUUUACUGUAUAUUUGGUCAAUUAAAUGCAGUUUUGGUGAGCAUUGGAGACUUUAAAUGCUAUAUCAUCUGAUCCCAGAGCCCCAGAUGAAUCUUGCAAUAUAAUCAGAUUAAACCUUUCAUAUUUCCUUCCAAUUAAAGAUGCCUUGACCUACUGAUCUACUGAGAAACUUGUUCAUUAGCUAUUAUUAAUGUCUUUCUGUGGCUACAGAAGUGUUAUCAUAUUAUCAUGUUCUGAAUUGCAGUUCCAUGUUCUUGUACAAAGAAGUGACACAGUUGUUUGUUUAUCCAUAAGUUUAUUCUGUAUUAAUCAUUAGAAAAUAAAAUUUCAGUAUUGAUUCAAAUCAAGUCCAGGCCAAAAUAAAUAGAAAAAAAAAAAAAAAAAAAA